AUGGAGGUGGUAAUAGAAAUACCAGGUGGUUGUCUUGUUAUUUUCUUUCAUGUGUUGCCCUUUUUGUUAUUUAUUACUCAUCUGGCAGGUAAAUACACAUGUAUGUUUGGCAUCCAUGAUUUCUAUUAUCUAUCUAUCAUCUAUCUGGGUCCAUCUAUCCAUCUAUCCCCAUCUAUCUAUUCCAUAUCCAUCCAUCCAUCCACAUCUCUAUAUCCAUCCAUCCCCAUCUAUCCAUCUAUCUAUCUCCAUCCAUCCCCAUCUAUCUAUCCAUCCAUCUAUCUAUCUCUAUUCAUUAUCUAUCUAUCCAUCUAUCCAUCCAUCUAUCCAUCUCCAUCCAUCCAUCUAUCUAUCCAUCCAUCUAUCCAUCCAUCUAUCUCUAUUCAUUAUCUAUCUAUCUAUCUAUCUCUGUUCAUUAUCUAUCUAUCUAUCUAUCUAUCUCUAUCUAUUCAUCCAUCUAUCCAUCUAUCUCAUUCAUUCAUCUAUCUAUCUAUCCAAUAUCCAUCAUUAUCCCCGUCUAUCUAUCUAUCUAUCUCUGUUCAUCUAUCUAUCUAUCUAUCUCUAUCCAUCUAUCUAUCUAUCUCUGUUCAUUAUUCAUCAUCCAUCUAUCUCAUUAUCAUCUAUCUAUCAUCCAUCCAUCUGUUCUAUCUCAUCUAUCUAUCUAUCUAUCUAUCUAUCUAUCUCUGUUCAUCUAUCAUCUAUCUAUCUAUCUAUCUAUCUCUCCAUCAUUAUUCAUCUAUCUAUCUAUCUAUCUAUCUAUCUAUCUAUCUCUGUUCAUUAUCUAUCUAUCUAUCUAUCUAUCUAUCUAUCUAUCUAUCUAUUCAUCUAUCUAUCUAUCUAUCUUCAUCUCUGUUCAUCCUCUAUCUAUCUAUCUAUCUAUUUAUCUAUCUUUCUUUAUCAUCUAUCAAAACCUUAACAUAUUAUGAUCUAUCUACACAUUUGGAAAUAUCUAUAUGUCUAACAUAUAAUAGCAUAUCUAUCUAUAAAUGGCUAUAUAUCUAUCUCUGUUCAUUAUAUCUAUCUAUCUGUCUCUGUUAUUAUCUAUCUAUCUCUGUCUAUCUAUUUCAUCUAUCUAUCUAUCUAUCUCUGUUCAUUAUCUAUCUAUCUAUGUGUCUCUGUUCAUUAUCUAUAUCUAUGUGUCUCUGUUCAUUAUCUAUCUAUCUAUCUAUGUGUUCUGUUUUAUCUAUCUAUGUUAUGUGUUCUGUAUCUUCAUAUCAUCUAAUAUAUAUCUUUUGUUCAUUAUCUAUCUAUCUAUGUGUCUCUGUUCAUUAUCUAUCUAUCUAUGUGUCUCUGUUCACAUCUAUCUAUCUAUGUGUCUCUGUUCAUUAUCUAUCUAUCUAUCUAUGUGUCUCUGUUCAUUAUCUAUAUCUAUCUAUGUCUCUGUUCAUAUAUCUAUCUAUGUGUCUCUGUUCAUUAUCUAUCAAAUCUAUGUGUCUCUGUAAUCUAUCUAUCUAUGUGUCUUUCUAUCCAUCUAUCUAUGUCUCUGUUCAUUAUCUAUCUAUCUAUCUGUCUCCCUGUUCAUUAUCUAUCUAUCUAUCUGUCUCUGUUCAUUAUCUAUCUAUCCAUCUGUCAUUAUCAUAUCUAUCUGUGUCUCUGUUCAUAUCUAUCAUGUGUCUCUGUUCAUUUAUCUAUCUAUCUCUGUGUCUAUCCUGUUAUCCUAUCUAUCUAUGUGUCUCUGUUCAUCUAUCUAUCUAUCUAUGUGUCUCUGUUCAUUAUCUAUCUAUCUAG